GACACGCCAUGAGGGUACUGUAUAAAAACAGUGGGGCUCGGAGCACUUGGCUCCAGUAGCUCUGGGUUUAGAACUGCCUCUCUGUCAAGAUGGAUUUCCUUCAUAGGAAUGGCGUGCUCCUUAUUCAGCAUUUGCAAAAGGACUACCGAGCUUACUACAGUUUUCUAAAUUUUAUGUCCAAUGUUGGAGAUCCCCGGAAUAUUUUUUCUAUUUAUUUUCCACUUUGGUUUCAACUUAAUCAGAGAGUUGGAACCAAGAUGAUAUGGGUAGCAGUCAUUGGGGAUUGGUUCAAUCUGAUUUUUAAAUGGAUAUUAUUUGGUCAUCGGCCUUACUGGUGGGUCCAAGAAACUCAGAUUUACCCAAAUCACUCAAGUCCAUGCCUUGAACAGUUCCCCACUACAUGUGAAACAGGUCCAGGAAGUCCAUCUGGCCAUGCAAUGGGCUCAUCAUGUGUCUGGUAUGUCAUGGUGACGGCUGCCCUGGGUCACACCAUCAGGCGGAUGGAUAAGUCUUCUACCACUCUGCACAGACUGACCUGGUCAUUUCUUUGGAGUCUUUUUUGGUUGAUUCAAAUCAGUGUCUGCAUCUCCAGAGUAUUCAUAGCAACACAUUUUCCUCAUCAAGUUAUUCUUGGAGUAAUUGGUGGCAUGCUUGUGGCAGAGGUCUUUGAACACACUCCAGGCAUCCAAACAGCAAGCCUGAGCACAUACCUGAAGACCAAUCUCUUCCUCUUCCUGUUUGCCCUUGGCCUUUACCUACUUCUGGGACUGCUUGACAUUGACCUGCUGUGGUCCGUGCCCAUUGCCAAGAAGUGGUGUGCCAACCCUGAGUGGAUCCACAUUGACACCACGCCUUUUGCUGGCCUCGUGAGAAACCUGGGGGUCCUCUUUGGCUUGGGUUUUGCCAUCAACUCAGAGAUUUUCCUUAGGAGCUGCAGAGGGGAAAAUGGCUACAGGCUGAGCUUCCGGCUGCUCUGCACAAUGGCCUCAUUGACCACACUGCAGCUCUAUCAUUUCAUCAAAAUCCCAACUCAGGCAGAAUAUCUAUUUUAUGUGCUAUCUUUUUGUAAAAGUGCAUCCAUCCCACUGACUGUGGUUGCCCUCAUUCCCUACUGUAUUCAUGCGCUCAUGAAACCGAGUAAAAAAAAGAUCCAUUAGAGUUGUGGGAAGGGUUAGUGCCCUGGGGCCUUGGAGGAUCUUCCUCCUCCAUCCUCUGGUAGAACCAUGUGACAGGGAGAGAUUGAGGCUCCCUUCCACGGUUACAAAAUAGCAGCCACAGGCCCCAGUCACCCAUGUAUGUGUUUAGGUUUGGCUUUCUUUUUUCCUUCUAUUUUAGAUUAGUUGCCAAUAUUUAAA